GAUGUCCUGCUACGACCUGUGCCCCCCCAGGAGCAGCGCUGACCUGUGCCCCCCCAGGACCAGCGUGGCCGUGCCCCAGCCCAUCGCUGAGAGCUGCAACGAGCUGUGCGCCCGCCAGUGCCCCGACUCCUCGGCCUUGAUCCAGCCGCCGCCCGUGGUGGUCACCUUCCCCGGGCCCAUCCUCACCUCCUUCCCCCAGCAGGCCGUGGUGGGCUCCUCCGGAGCACCGGCCUUUGGCGGCUCCCUGGGGCUGGGCGGCCUCUACGGCACCGGCGCCACCCAGGCCUCGGGGGGCCUCUGCACCUUUGGCAGAGCCUACGCUGCUCCCGCCUGCAGCCCUUGCGCCCUGCCCCGCUACAGCAAGAAGCUCUGGGACACCUGCGGGCCCUGCUAG